AUGUCUCUGCCAGAGCUGGGCGAGUUCUGCCUGGACUGCCAUUGGGAGGCCUUGGAUGCUACUCCAGCGAGAAUGUCGAUGCUCCCGCCGGGUGCCGUCGCCCCCGACCAAUGGGCCUGCCAUCGUGACGAGCACAGCACCAGCUGUGGCAUCGACGACUCCUGCUGCAAGGUCGACAAUUGCUCGCUGAACUGCUCCUCCGUCUGCGAUGGCUUCGUCGACUGCGACAACUCCACCGUCUGCUCCGAGUCGCACUGCGACGACGUCAACUGCGGGAACACGGGGCCCAUCUGCUUCGACAAGAACUGCUUCGGCGACUCCCAGAGCGUCGACCACAGCAUUGCCGAUUUUCUGGCCCAGGAUGCCUCCCUGACGUGGGACCCCUCGGCAUUCCUGCCGCCCACAUCGGGGGAACAAAGCCAGAAUCCUCAGUCCAGUGAAGCCGAGACGCAAUUGCCCAAGGGUUCCGGGGACGAACAAACCCCCGACGCACAGCUGGCCUUUUCUCAGCCUUCUCACAGUCACGCAUGUCAUGGUUUCUCUAAAGACAACGUCGGGCUCUGGAGCCCUGCCUACUCCAGCCAGACGGAUCUGACUAACGUGGAUAUGUAUGACAUGCUUGGAGCCUCCUCCGGUGUGCCUAAUGUUCAACAGGGACAGCCGAAUGGCGGCAACUUUGAGAAGCUGCCUUGCUUCGUAGGCAACGGUGCCCCCUCGUGCUCGGAUGCUGGGUAUCAGCAUCUCGGCUGCUAUCUCAGAAACUCGGGCGAUACCGGCCUGCAGCAAUUCUCUCGUGCGCAGUCGCAAGCCCGGGUCCACCGUCAUCUCCACAGCCACUCUCAUCACCGAGUCUCCCACUACGCACGGCAUUCCCGGUGCAGCGACAGUUCUCAUCUCCUGUCGAGUCCUGUCGAAACUCCCCCGCCGCUAGAUGGCGGGACAUCUUCGAUUUUGACGAGCCCCACGACAGCGUUGGCCGACGACGAUGAGUCGCACGUGUGCCGAUGGACGUUGGAUCGGGCUGGGACGAAAUCGGUCUGUGGGGCUUUCUUUGCGGAUGCCAGUGCUCUGCAACAACACCUGGUCACGGAGCACAUCGAUCCUGUUGAUGGAGCGAAGGGUUACGGGUAUUACUGUCGGUGGGAAGGCUGUCACCGGCCGGACGAGCCGUUCUCUCAAAAGUCCAAGCUGCAGGGACACUUUUUAACCCACAGUAACUCUUUAAAUGCUCCGUGUGCGGGAAGUUGUUUGCAAGACAGGCGACUCUCGAGCGACAUGAGCGAAGCCAUCGCGGCGAAAAGCCCUACAAAUGCCAAGAGUGUGGGAAAGCGUUUACCGACAGCAGCGAGCUCAGUAUGUGUACUGUCGAUUGUGGUGUUGGCCAGGCUAACAGCAGCAGAAACGCAUACCCGUACCCAUACGGGUGAGAAGCCGUUCAAAUGUACCUUUCCGGGGUGCAACUUUCAGACGGGUGAUUCAUCCAAUAUGUCGAGUCACAAAUUAACACAUGGCGAACGCAAGCACAAAUGUAAUUUUCCUGGUUGUUCCAAAAGUUUUACUCGUCCUGACCAGCUCAAACGCCACCAAAAGACCACCCACAAACUCGACACCCCGGCAGUGUCAACCCCAGCCAUCGAUCGAUCUCCUUUUCCAUCCGUAGCAGCUACAUCGUAA